AUGGAAGAAGAACAAGGCCCCUAUCACCCUCUUCGAGAUCAAGACGGCGACGCCAUUUCUGCUGAUGACACUCGGUUGAAGCAGCUGGGUUACAAGCAAGAACUCAGUCGUAACCUCUCGGCAAUUGCAAACUUCUCGGUGACUUUCUCUAUCAUAUCAGUUCUGACUGGUCUCAGCACAACAUAUGGUAUGAGCCUCACCUAUGGUGGGCCCGUAACUAUGGUCUACGGGUGGCCCAUUGUGGGCCUCCUCACACUCCUAGUGGGCCUAUCAAUGGCCGAGAUUUGUUCCGCUUAUCCAACUUCUGGUGGGCUUUACUUCUGGAGCGCCAAACUCGCUGGUAAACGCUGGGGCCCCUUGGCUGCAUGGCUCACUGGCUGUCUCUGA